ACAUCUCCUACUUGUCCUUUGUCUUUCUCUUCUCUCUCUCUCUCUCUCCUCCGGUCUACGAAACUCGAGGGUCCGAAAGAGAAGAAGUAGAAGCAACAAAGAAUUUCGAAGCCAAACCACAAAUCAACAACAAACCCAACUCCCAAUUCUCACGCACACCCAAACCCAACACACCUUUUUCCUUGUCUCGGAUCAUGUGAUUCGGAUCCUCCGAUCCGACCAACCCAACUCGCCCGAUCCGAUUCAUUUUCGUGUUAUCAAUGACUCGGAGGUGCUCGCAUUGCAGCCACAAUGGCCACAACUCUCGGACGUGCCCCAACCGAGGGGUCAAGCUCUUCGGCGUUCGCUUGACCGAUGGCUCCAUCAGGAAGAGCGCUAGUAUGGGCAAUCUCUCCCACUAUGCCGGGUCGAGUUCGGGUCUCCACCCGAACAAUCCCGGUUCUCCUGGCGACACCACCAACGAUCACGCCGGCGCUGCCGACGGGUAUGCCUCUGAGGACUUCGUGCCCGGAUCGUCUUCGAGCCGUGAACGGAAAAAAGGCACUCCAUGGACUGAAGAGGAACACAGGAUGUUUUUACUUGGACUGCAGAAGCUUGGCAAAGGUGACUGGCGUGGGAUUGCUCGCAAUUACGUCAUAUCAAGAACACCUACUCAAGUAGCUAGCCAUGCUCAGAAAUAUUUCAUUAGGCAGACUAAUGUAUCGAGGAGAAAACGGCGUUCCAGCCUGUUUGAUAUUGUAGCAGAUGAUUCAGUUGAGACUCCAAUGGAACCACUAGACUUCUUACCUGGCAACCAUCUACAAGCUGAAAGUCAAAGCAACAACCCAUUGCCCGCUCCUCCAGCUUUGGAUGAAGAAUGUGAAUCAAUGGAUUCUACCAACUCAGACGGAGAACCUGCCCCUCCACAGCCUGAUAGCUCACAGUCAUUUUACCCAAUGAUAUAUCCUGCAUAUUUCUCACCUUUCCCACUUCCUUUUCCAUUGUGGCCUGGAUACAGUACUGAGCCCACUAAGCAGGAUAAACACGAGGUUCUCAAGCCAACGGCAGUACAUUCAAAGAGCCCGAUUAAUGUUGAUGAGCUAGUAGGCAUGUCAAAACUGAGUUUAGGAGAGCCUAUAGGUCAUUCCGGCCCCUCCUCGCUUACGCUAAAGCUGGUUGAAGGGUCCUCUAGGCAGUCGGCUUUCCAUGCAAAUCCAGGCUCUGGAAGUUCUGGCAUGAAUUCAGGUGGUAGUCCCAUCCAUGCAGUUUAGUGGUUAGACAUGCCUUGGAAUUUUACAGGUUAUUGUUAAUACAAGGCUAGAAAUGUUCUGUCUGGUUUGGGUUUGAGUUGCAUCUCAUUAUGGAAUAACCUUAAUAAUGUUUUUUAAUAAUAGUUAUAAUCUAUAAUUUGGUCUUAGGUUUUAGGCUGUACCAUCUCUUACCCAAAUUAUUUAAAUCUUUGACAUCUUGUGUUGGUGUCUAGAAUUGUUUGGUUUUUGUCCUCCCAGUGUUGAUCAUGUAGACAUUCUAAAGUCGAGCAACCGUCUUGUAGAAUAGCUGUUCACCAUAAUAUGAAUAAAUUUGAAUAUCUGCAUUUUCAGAAA